AUCAGUCUGUCUGCGCUGCGCUUAUUCCCGGCUGAGGUCGCUGUGCAGACUUGAGCCACCUGCGAGGCAUCCCGACGAAUUGCACCAAAAGGGACUUUUUCUGCCCUGUAGAUUCGAGCUGACAGAGUGACCACCUGAGCCCCCUGAUCUGGAACCAAGCAAAUUCAUUGGCAUUGCCUUUCUGUGCCCCUCUUGUGCUGCCAGUCUGGAUUGUGCAGCGACUGUCAGUGAGAGGACAAUCAGAAGAGUCCGAAGGAAAAACCUGAUCUGAAGAGCUUGCAAUUCAUGGGAUGUGUUACAUGUAACGGGACCUUAGGAGACAGUAGACAUAAUCCGUGAGGGUCAUCAGCGACCUACUCGUUUGCAUUGGCACAUAUUGGGACCCCUACCGACUCCCAGCAGGAUGACCCCAGAAUACUUCUUGAGGUCUCUAUUGAUGAUGAUUUUAGCUGUGUUCUCCGCUAAUGCUAGCAACUGGCUGUACCUGGCAAAACUGUCUUCGGUGGGCAGCAUAUCUGAGGAAGAGACAUGUGAAAAACUAAAGGGAUUAAUUCAGCGCCAGGUGCAAAUGUGCAAGAGGAACCUUGAAGUAAUGGAUUCGGUCCGACGAGGUGCUCAAUUGGCUAUAGAGGAAUGUCAAUAUCAGUUUAGGAAUCGACGGUGGAACUGCUCAACCCUGGAUUCGCUACCCGUAUUUGGAAAAGUGGUGACACAAGGAACAAGGGAGGCAGCUUUUGUGUAUGCCAUAUCUUCAGCUGGUGUUGCCUUUGCGGUUACGAGAGCUUGCAGUAGUGGUGAUCUAGAGAAAUGCGGUUGUGACAGGACUGUGCAUGGUGUCAGCCCUCAAGGUUUCCAGUGGUCUGGCUGCUCAGAUAACAUUGCAUACGGAGUUGCCUUCUCCCAGUCAUUUGUGGAUGUCAGAGAGCGAAGUAAAGGUGGCUCCUCUAGCCGUGCUCUGAUGAACCUCCAUAAUAAUGACGCUGGCCGCAAGGCCAUUUUGAACAACAUGAGAGUAGAAUGCAAGUGUCAUGGUGUAUCAGGCUCCUGUGAAGUAAAGACGUGCUGGAAAGCCAUGCCUACUUUUCGCAAAGUUGGAAAUGUCCUUAAGGAGAAAUUUGAUGGGGCUACGGAAGUAGAGCAGAAAAAGAUUGGUUCUACAAAAGUGCUGGUUCCAAAAAAUUCUCAGUUUAAACCCCACACAGAUGAAGACCUUGUUUAUUUAGAUUCCAGCCCAGAUUUCUGUGAUCAUGACCUAAAGAAUGGUGUCUUAGGUACAACUGGACGACAGUGUAACAAGACUUCCAAAGCUAUAGAUGGCUGUGAGCUUAUGUGCUGUGGUAGAGGAUUUCACACGGAAGAGGUGGAGAUCAUAGAAAGGUGUAGUUGCAAAUUCCACUGGUGCUGCUUUGUCAAAUGUAAACAGUGCCAUAAAGUGGUAGAAAUGCACACAUGCCGGUGAUCCCAGCAGGUGGAGGAACUUUAAGGACAGUGUGUCUCUUUACACAACACCAGUCUCAUUCCUUCUACUAGGACUGGUGAAGCUCCAGUAACUGCAAAAUCCUAAAGAGGGACAAUUUUUUGUUGUAUAUAUGUGUCUUUGUUUUUUAUUUAUUGCUGGCAAACAAUGAUAAUGUGGGUCAGUAUAUCCCCAAAUGGUGGAUUUUUUUUACCUGUUGCUGCUUUUACAAGGACUGAGAACUGACCCAUUAAACUGCUGAAGGAUUGAAACUUGUAUAUUAUGCAAGAAAAUGGACAAAAAAACUGAUAAAGGAUGACCCACUAUCCGGUUUCUUAUUCCAGUGACAUUAAACUAACUUCCACCAAAAUGACCAAAAUAACUAAUUAAAAAACUUCAUUUUAUUUUUAAAUGGAAACAAAACAUGGUAGCCUAGGCAUUUUAUAUCUAUAUCAAUGUAUAUAAAAAUAUAUAUAUAUAUAU